AUGAAUCACAGCGAAAGUGACAACAGCAACACCAGCCAACAGGCAAAUGUGAGUGGCGAAUUAGAAAUACCACAAGUAGUUACUCAAAAUGAUAAGCAACAAACGCUUUCUAUUGAACCAUAUGAACCCAAACUUCUUUCUCCAACUAAUAUCAUAAGUAGUUCCAUGUCAGAUUCUGGAAUGAGUACCAACUCGAAUCAAUCUCAAAUUCAACUCGUGAUCCAUGAAGGUGGCUCAUCACUGAAAGUCGUAAGCAGUGCUGAUCGAUGUUUGAGUGUCAGUGACGAGUCAGGCGAUGAUCAUGUAUUAAGAACUGGAGACAUUGGAUUUAGAGUCGAACCAAUUUCUAAACAAGGAGCAGACGACAAGAAGAGCACAGCUGGGCAAUCAGCAGCCACUUCAAAGACACCGCGUUCUUCUUCAGUGACUAAGAGUACGUCAGGCGCUAUAAGGGUAAAAACAUGUUUUGGUGUGCUAGAACUUAGUUGGUUAAAAGUUUUCAGUCUAUUAUCGUUGACUGUCAACUUGUUAGCAUUUCUCACGUUGGCCACAUUGAUCAUUGUUGGUUAUGUUGGACAGAAUUACUACUCGACAAUAUUUGAUGGAUUAGAUACGAGCACGUCUUAUUAUCGACAAAUGAUGGUUGCUUCAUGUAGAUCAGCAGUCUUCUCCAAUAACAAUCCACAAAUCACUGCAACCUAUGCUGCUAAGUUUUCUAAUUACACUAAACAGUUCCUGGCAAACGUUGACGUGAUCCUCACCAAAGUUCCAAAGAAUUUACACUACUAUGUGGCCCAUAACAUGUCCAUCGAUGAUUUAAGAACGGCCAAGGCAUUGGGUAUUGAAUCUAAGGCUAUAUCACUUCUAAAGACUGGCAAUUAUUCAAGUGCCAUGUCCUUGUUGGAAUCUCCUUACUACAAGUUUUGUCUUGAAGGAUAUGCUGAAGAAUUUCAGCCAUUGGUCGAUUAUGUGUUGGGUAUUCAAAACUUUGCAAAAGACUUUAAUACUGUGAUCAUUACCGUUUCUCUCAUCGUCAUUUUGGUUUCCGUUAUUGUAGUAGUACCAACAGUCAUUGGUUCCAUAGUCAUGUCGCUCAAGAAGGACUCCUCAAAUAACAAGAAGCUAAAACAAAUUAGGGCUCUCAUGUUAAUGGAUACAAUGAAAGAUACCAAGACACGUAACCAAUUCAAGAAUUACUGUAAACAAGAAUUAAGCUUGGACAACUUCUCACUACUCGAUAAGAUUAACGAUUACAAAUUGCUGAGUGAACGAAGCUUUGAUAUUCAAGUCUAUCUUUUUGAUACCAGUGAAGGAGCAUCAGACAUUCUUUCAGAAACAGGCUCAUCAUCUGCAAGCAUGGAGCCAACCAAAAAGAAAAAGAAGAAGGGAUUCACCGAAAAGGAUUUGAAUGAAAUUGAAAAGAAAAAGUAUGAAAUUGCCUUUGAAAUUUACACAGAUUAUUUGGAUGUUCAUGGUGAUAAGUCUGUGAAUAUUAACAAACAGCUUGCGGACCGAGUGAAACAAUGUUUGGAUUUCUUUGCAACUGGUCAAAGUGAACAUUUACCUGAAAAUUUGUUUGAGAAUGUGGAAUCCGAAAUGUGUGUUCUCAUGAUGGACACAUUCCACAGGUUUAAGGCAUCCCUCGAGUCUCAAAAACAAAACAAGAAGGAAAUACUUUCGAAGUUUAAGAGCAACAAGCACAAGUCUGUAAAUCACAAAUAA